ACUGUAUCAAGUUUCACAUCAUCUUCACAUUUUUGUGUUGUUGUGCAGCUCCACACUUCAUCGCUCCACAAAUGGGAAUACUCGACAUCUUUCUUCAGUCCGGCGGCUGCUUCGCGUCCCUGCUGGCUGCUGCCUCCGUCCUGCUGCUGGUCUACGCGCUCUCAUCCGCUUUGAGCUCACAAGAAACCGAAAACGAGCCUCCGGGCCCGAGACCGCUUCCUGUGCUAGGAAACCUCCUGCAGCUGGACCUCAAGCGACCCUACAACACCCUGGUGGAGAUGUCCAAGAAGUAUGGGCCAGUGUUCACCGUCUACCUAGGCUCUAAGAAGGUGGUGGUUCUGGCUGGCUACAAGGCGGUAAAGGAAGCCCUGGUAAACCACGCUGAAGAGUUUGGAGACAGAGAUGUCUUACGCAUAGUGAAGCAGUACAACGACGGACACGGCAUCAUAUGGAGCAACGGGGACUCGUGGAAGGAGAUGCGCCGCUUCGCUUUGACCAACCUGAGAGACUUUGGGAUGGGAAAGAAGGCGUGUGAGGAAAAAAUCAUUGAGGAGUGCCAGCAUGUCUUGGAAGUCUUUAGGAACUUCAGAGGCGACGCAUUCGACACCACGGAGCCAAUCAACUACGCCGUCUCCAACAUCAUCUGCUCCAUCGUGUACGGGAACAGGUUCGACUACAAGGAUCCCGAGUUCACCGCCAUGGUGAAUGGUAUGAACCGGAAAAUCCAACUGGCAGGCUCACCAUCUGCCCAGGUAUACAACUUGUUCCCAUGGCUCGGCAAGAGGCUGCCACAGAACAAGGAAUUCUUCAGACUGACAGUUGACUACGGGAGAAAGAAUCUGGAGAUAUUUAGCCGACUGAGGGAAAGCCUCAAUCCACUCAUGUGCAGAAGCCUGGUGGACUCCUUCUUUGUCCGAAAGCAACACUUGGAGGAGAGCGGGAUCACCAACAGUCACUUUCAUGAUGAAAACCUGAUGUGGACAGUUCAGAACCUUUUUGCCGCCGGCACCGACACCACGGCCGCCACGCUCAGGUGGGCUCUGCUCCUCAUGGCCAAGUAUCCUGACAUCCAAGAAAAGGUCCAUGAGGAGCUGAGCAGAGUGAUCGGGGAUCGUCAGGUCCAGGUGGAGGACCGAAAGAUCUUGCCCUUCACCGACGCCGUCAUCCACGAGACGCAGAGGCUGGCCAACAUCGCACCCAUGGCCAUCCCUCAUCGGACCAGCCAGGACGUCGUCUUCCGGGGGUACUUUAUCAAGAAGUACACCACCGUCUACGUCCUUCUCACGUCCGUCCUUCACGACGACAGCGAGUGGGAGAAGCCGCACUCCUUCCAUCCCGACCACUUCCUGGACAAGGACGGGAAGUUUGUCAAGAACGAUGCCUUCAUGCCCUUCUCAGCAGGUCGUAGGGCGUGUCUGGGAGAGAGUCUGGCCCGCAUGGAGCUCUUCCUCUUCUUCGUCACGCUGCUGCAGCACUUCCACUUCAGACCUCCCCUGGGGGUCUCCGAGGACCAGCUGGACCUGACCCCACGUGUGGGCUUCACGAUCAGCCCGACCAAACACAUGCUGAGAGCGCUUGACGACAUUAAUUUUUGGUUACAAAUUUCAAACAAGAUAAUCAUGAAUAAAUGUGAAUAUUUUCCAAAACUACUUGUAAUUAUUUGCACCAAAACAAUGGGGAAAAUUUUGAAUCGCUGUUAUUUAUGGGUUUUUAAGCAACAAAUAUUGUUGAGAUCUAAUUGGGGUAAAUGUGGCCCGCGAACUAAAAUGAGUUCGACACGCCUGACCUAUAAUUUCACAUUCCGCCCGCCCUGUUGUGGGUUGGGCUUGGGAGCGGUCAAGUGUUGGGACAGGAGGGGGCGGCACUCGACCUCACUCGACCUCCCAAGCAUGGAUGUUUCGGACGCGUUCUGCUCGCCGACCUGCAGCUCCGUGCUCGGCUCUCUGCUGGUGCUGCUCCUCGCCUACGUGGCCUGGUCGUCGGCUUCCGGCUCGCAGGAGUCCCGCCGGGAUCCUCCGGGGCCCAGGCCGCUGCCCCUGCUCGGGAACCUGCUCCGUCUGAACCUGAACGGACCACACUGGACCCUCCUGGAGAUGUCCAAAAAGUACGGCCCAGUGUUCACCUUCCACAUGGGGCCCAAAAAGGUGGUGGUUCUGGCCGGCUACAAGGCUGUGAAGGAGGCCCUGGUCCAGCACGGGGAAGAGUUUGGAGAACGAGAUCCUCUGAACACUGUCAAGGAGUCCAAGCUGGAGCAUGGCGUCCUAUGGACCAACGGAGAUUCGUGGAAGGAGAUGCGUCGCUUCGCUUUGAGCAACCUGAGGGACUUUGGGAUGGGAAAGAAGGCUUGCGAGGACAAGAUCAUCGAGGAAUGUCAACACCUCUUGGAAGUCUUCAGGAACUUCAGAGGUGAAGCGUUUGACAACCACCAGCCGAUGAACUACGCCGUGUCCAACAUCAUCUGCUCGCUGGUGUUCGGCAGUAGGUUCCAGUACGAUGACCCCGCCUUCACAGCUAUGGUGCAGCGCAGCAGCAGGAGCGUUCAGAUUGUGGGCGGUCCAUCCCUGCAGUUGUACAACAUGUUCCCCUGGCUCGGCAAGUGGUUCUCCUCGGCGAGAGAGGAGCUCCGCAGUCUGGGGCUGGCCAACCGCAAGCAGGCCACGGAACUGAUCCAGCAUCUGAAGGAGACUCUCAACCCGCAGAGCAGCCGAGGCUUCGUGGACGCCUUCCUCAUCCGGCAGCAGCGCCAGGAGGAGUCCGGGGACGUGGGUCACUUCCACAAUCCGAAUCUUCUGAUGACCGUCUCCAACCUGUUCGUUGCCGGCACAGAAACCACCUCCACCACGCUCAGAUGGGCGCUCCUCUUCAUGGCCAAGUACCCACACAUACAAGAGAAGGUCCAUGAGGAGCUGAAUCGGGUGAUCGGAGAUCAUCAGGUCCAGGUGGAGGACCGCAAGAAUUUGCCCUUCACCGACGCGGUCAUCCACGAGACGCAGAGGCUGGGCGACAUCGUUCCCAUGGCGCUCCCUCACCGGACCAGCCAGGACGUCACCUUCCGGGGAUACUUCAUCAAAAAGGGCACGACAGUGCACCCUCUGCUGACGUCCGUCCUCCGGGACGAGAGCGAGUGGGAGAAGCCGGGUUCCUUCUAUCCUGAACACUUCCUGGACAAGGAGGGCAAGUUCAUCAGGCCCGACGCCUUCAUGCCCUUCUCAGCGGGUCGUAGGAUUUGUCUGGGAGAGAGUCUGGCCCGCAUGGAGCUCUUCAUCUUCUUCGUCACGCUGCUGCAGCACUUUCGCUUCAGACCUCCCCCAGGGGUCUCAGAGGACCAGCUGGACCUAACCCCGCGUGCGGGCGUCACGCUCAGCCCGACUGAACACAAGCUUUGCGCUGUCUCCGUUAGCAGACAAGCAGGCUAACAAGUUAAUGCCUUGCGCUUUUUUUUUUUUUUGGCAAUCAUCUCAACUGAUAAUUAUUAAACAAGUCACGCACAUUUAUUUUUUCAUGACUCUUUGCACAAAUGCGUAAAUGCAAAGUAGGUGCUGAUUGUAUAUAAUGUAAUACUAGAGUUUAAAUUGUUUGACAUUCUUGAUGAAUAAAGAUUGUGUGCAUUUCAA